AUGACCACUAAAGAUUGUACCUCCACGACUUGUGAAGAUCCUAGAGAAUGGGACAAAGUCGCGGUGGGAGAAUGGGUGAGAUCACUUGGGCUUAACGAUCUGGUUGGCAGCUUUUUGGACAACGACAUUGAUGGGACGGUACUACUGAACGAAAUCUCGAGUGAAAACGUCUUAAGGGAGGAGCUGAAUAUCACCUCCUUUGGUAAACGGAGAAAAAUAUGGAGGGGAAUACAAGGGCUGAGGAAGAUGCUGGGGAUAGAUUACAGCUUCUCGGCAUCCAGCAGCCCAACUGCAUCCCUCGUCACCCAGCAAUCCGGGGCAAACACCCCACCGGGUUCCGUCCCUGCCGCUUUUUCUAUCGAUACACCAAUGUUCCCACUGUUGCUCCCAACAUACUCGAUUGCGGAUGCCUCUUCAUUCCCACUACCAAACACAGCCGAGGGUUCUCUAGGGUCCCAAGAAAGCAUUAAGCAAGAAUUUUCCAGGUCAUAUAGUACAUCGGAAGUACCAGGCGACCUACCGUCAACGCGAUCAGAGCAGCCUAUUUCGGGGCCCAAAACUGAUAUGGGAAUUGCCAGCGCCCGUUCAGAAAAGUAUUGUAAUUCGCAAAGUACCGACAAGUCCAUAUGUCCACGCUAUGAUGACGCCAUGGAUAUCGCCGCGCUAUUUUUUGAUAGAUCCGCGCGCAAAGUAUCCCAGGAAGUUCAUGAUGACAAUGAUGACUUUGUGUUUAUUAGGAAGCGAGCUACUCGGCCACCGUUUUCAUUGUGUCAGACAAUCGCCCAGUCCGCCAUCAAAAGAAUGCUAAGACAGCCAAACCUGACGUAUGACGAGCCACAGUACCGAGAAACCUCGCCUGACGGUAGCGUAAUUGCAAUUUGGAGACCGCCUCUGAAGACUGCCAAUCAUUGGGUGCGCUUGUUUAAGACCAUGAAUGGCGAAGUCAAAGAUGUGGUAGAUAAUUCCGGUCGAUAUGCAAAACCCGAGACUGACUAUGUGGAAGAUGCGGAGCCCAGUCACAUGACAAUCGGGAACUCAAAGGCACCUGUGCUUAUUAAAGGCCACGGCUUCGCACCACGGGUCCCCGGGGGAUAUGCAUGUAAGCGCCAGCGCCUGGAGAAAGAAGACGAUGAUGAAGUCUUGCCCCUGUAUGGAGAUUCUGAGACUGACGAUUACGAAAAUGACUCCGAAUGGGAAGAGGAAUGCCAAGAAGAUGAGCGAGCGGAGAUAAGGCGCAAGGGGAACUCUGCCACUUUUCAAGCGGAGGCUAGGUCUAUUUCCGAUCCGAAUGCGUCAAGUUUGAGGGAACAAAUGGUCACAAUGGAGAUGGAAGUGAAUGAGGAAGAGGCAGAAGAGGAGAAACAAGGCGAACAUGACUUGGAUCACUUUGCUAGAAAUGGCAAACGGAGAGGAAUGCGAAAAUGGCCUCCGUCGUCACAGAUAGGAUCCGGUCGGAGAGAUAUGAAAACCCACCUUCCGAUCGUUGUUGGCAGUACUCGCUUUCUGUCUUCCGAAAAGAUUCAGUCAAUCAUCGACGAGGAGGUCAAAGGUUUUGAAAAUAGGUGGCGUACAAGGGAAUUACCAAAGUUGGAAAAAAAGGCGUAUAAGCUUUGGAAAAAUGAGCGAUUUCUUUUGGAGGACAAAAAACUGGCGUUAGAGGAUCUACAAACCCGAAGAUUUGCAAAGCAACUUGACGGAUAUUUGUCACAUAAGUGCAGUAGCGUGCGCGAGAUCAGAGCUAAAUGCGCCAACCUGGAGGCGACGGUAGAGGAAAUGUGCAGUUUGAAGUGGAUGAUCGAGCUCUUUGAAGGAGAAAAGCCUAUAAAGCCGGUGUCAGAGAAGGUUGGUGCUCCCCGACGGAAGCGCGACAAAUCCGCCGCUUUUGCAAAGGAAGAUGACCACUGGAGUGAUUUCAUAGCCAGCGAGGAUGAAUAUGGCGAAACGGGCAUGGAGGUGGAGGGAACGUCCAGUGAUGAGGAACGUAUAGAUCGUGAAACCUCCUCAACGCAUAUAGAUCAACCGCGUUCGCCAGUUCGAUGGAGUAAGCGGAAGUCUGAUGAUCAACCCACGUCGCCGGAAGCAGAUGUUAAUGGAGGCACCGGCACAAAUGCCUUGUACGAAGAGCCGUCAGAUCAAGAAACGAAUGAAGAGGAAUUCGAAAUGUCGCUCAUACCAGAAUCAGAACCACUCGAUUGGGAAUUAAAUGCACUGCCAGAAUCUCAACCUGUGGUGAAGUUGACCGCCCUGCCAAGCUUGGGCAAUAGAUCGCGAAUCAAAACCCCGAAUGCGCGCCCUUCAGCUUCGAUGGACGUGGCCGUCGAAAACCGAGAGGCAUCUCUCGAAGAGUCGGAUGAAGAUGUACUAAUAACUGGGUUUACUUUUCCAGUUCAGCAAGGCCAACCCUCCUCCAGAUCUGUCAAAGGCGAGCAGCAUGGCUCAGCGUCCGAAUCCAAAUUUUCCGAUGUAGCCUCCACUGGCUCAGUUGGGAGAAACGGUGCUGGUACGGAAGGCCAGAAAUACCGCGAUCCGAUCCUCAUUGAAUCGGAUGAUGACAAUCGGGGCGAUCUUCAGUCAGAAAAGGGGACAUCUGCUGGCAGGAGACCUUCAUUGGUCCUGGCUGAUCUUCGCGCCGCCCAAAAAGCUUUCUCAGAGGAUCAGAAAGAGAAGAUCGCUGGCGGGCAGCAGGGAAACAUCAGGAAUAAUGUAAAUAGCACGUCGGGGUUGCCAACCAGUGGCGCGAAAUCUAAACGAGAAGCUAAGUGGAAAGAUCGUGAGACAGCUGGCCGCAGCAGACACAAGGAAAAUGAAUUUCAAAGGAAGAUUGAUAAGCACUUUCUCUCACGUUGGGCAAACGAACCUGUGGAUGAAGUUUACGCAAGGGUCAAGAACAUACGGAAUAAGUCACUACUUGGCGAGAUUCCUACAAGCUCAAACGCGCAUUACGAUCUUCAACUUAUCACUGAACACAUAGUUUUCCUCUCUCAAAUACGUAGUAACCGUCAGCUGGCCCACUCUGACCAGAGGCCCGUAUGGGACGCGCGUGCGGAAAUGCUCGACAUGUGGCCUGACGACGCGGCGGCUAAAGAAGGCAUAAAUCAAUUUAUUACUUGGCGUCUUGAAAAUGUUGAGGAAAACGAGGGGUCCAUAAGCGACCAAUCACUUACGGGUGCCGAAAGUUCAAGAGAAUCCAGUGAUCUGUCAGGUGGAGAAUCACACAGCGGGCAGCUAGAAUCCAGCCUCAAAAAACAGCGCCUGUUUAUCGCUGAGGACGAUGAUAACAACUCUAGCACUGGGAUAUUGAGUAGUAAAUCAUCGGAAGGAGAUGUCGGACGAGAAAGAAUCUCCAUAAAUGGCGUAAAACGAAAAAUAUAUCGUCCGUCCAUUCCGAACAGAAAGAAAAGCAAAUCUUCCAACAGACGUGUGCCUAGCGAUGACAGCUCAUCUGAUACCGAAGUAGUGUACAUAGACAGUGAUUCGGCAAGUGAUGGUGCUACCGGCAGUCGUAGGCAGAAGGGGCGCCGAGAGAUCAAGGAGAUCAGGCCUAUGAACGAUCUCACCCGCAGAAUCCAGAAACAAAGAGGGGAACAAGAAGAAGCAAUUCGUCGCAGGGCCAAAAUACAAAGCAGUCGUUUGAGUCUCACGGAGCGAAAGAUCAUUGUCAAUUUGGGGCACGACGAGUCAGAAGAGGAUAUUCUUGUUCCAGAUUUUAUAGCUGGAGAGCUCAAAGACCAUCAAAUUGAGGGGAUCCGCUUUCUUUGGAAGAACAUAGUGAUGCUGAAGCAGCCAUCUGCAGACGGACAGUCAAUGAGACAUGCCGGAUGCAUUUUAGCCCACGCAAUGGGAUUGGGCAAGACGAUCCAGACCAUUGUAUUCAUAUUUGUGCUAAUGCGUGAGAUCAGGGCUGACAGCAAAGCCAUUCCGGAGCAUUUGCGGGCCGGCCGAGUACUCAUUGUCGUGCCCGCCAGUGUGGUGACAAACUGGUUGCGAGAGUUCUUCCAAUGGAUACCAGAGUCUGUGAUGCAAGAUGUGCUGCGUAAUGUUGAAACACUGACGUCCAUGGGAAAGACGAUGCUGCAACGACGGAAAACAAUUGAAAAAUGGCAUUCUGAGGGAGGGGUAUUGAUUACGGGGUAUAAUAUGUUGCAGGAGCAGUGGAAGCAAUCAAAGAAGGCCAGUGACGAGUUAAUGGCAAUGCAACAGCAUGAGAUGUCACAAGGCGGCGAUCCCACUCGGAUUCAAGCGACCACGUCUAAAUACGAAAAUGUGAAAGGAUGGAUCUUUGAGGGUACUAGUCUUUUGGUCUGCGAUGAAGGGCAUUUGAUCAAGAACACGAAGUCAUUGCGGUGUCAAUUAAUGAAUAAUUUUCAAACUCCUUCCCGAAUAUGUCUCACUGGAUUUCCUUUGCAGAAUAAUCUCUCUGAGUAUUGGUGCAUGAUCGAUUUCGCGGUGUCAAUGUUCUUGGGGACUCACGCCGAAUUCCGAAAUAACUACGAAAAUCCUAUUGCGAAUGGUCUUCAUGCUGAUUCCACGGACUCUGAUCGAAUACUGUCCCGGAGAAGGAUGUACAUGUUGACGCGAUUAAUACACGACAUUGUUCUACGAAAGGAUAAUGCACCUCUGAGACGGGAGCUGCCCGAAAAAACAGAAUUUGUGAUCGUCUGCAAGCUGACGACGUUGCAGCACGAGGCUUAUCGGGCCUAUCUUCAAACGGUCGAACCUGGCUGCAGCUUCUCUAACAUCAUCGCGAGAAUGCAUCCCUUACUGUUGCUAUGUGGACAUCCAGGCGUAUUCAAGAGGGUUGUUGAUGAGAAAUUCGCAAAACUUGAAAAACUCGGAAAGUCCAUUUCUCGCGGCAAAGCGGCGUCCUCGUCCCGGCGCGAGUCAUUCGCGAGUGAGGCCCAACCUGACACAGAUUUUGCCCCCACAUCCAUUACCGCGGCCACCUCAAUAGCUGACGUCGAUCCUGAAUUGGAUGGCGACGCGGAAGAUGUUAUCCAGGAAGAUAAUGUUGAUGUGGGGUUACUCCGAACAUUGCAUCCGACUUUCGACCAUAUUUUUUCAAAGUAUCAAGAUAUCCUUUCCCUGGAACAUUCAAUCAAGAUGCAAAUCACUAUGCAGAUAGUUCACAGUGCGCGAAGAAACAAACAGAAGGUGUUGAUCUUUUCAAGAAGUGUGCCAACAUUGCAUUAUAUCAAAGAUGCCAUCGAUAAGGAAGGAAUUAAAACCUUUCUCAUCAAAGGCGAUGUCCAAGCCACGGAUCGUCAAAAGCUUAUCGACGAGUUCAACAAAUCAUCCAUAGCAACUGUUUUUGUGAUUUCCACCCAAGCCGGUUCAGUAGGCGUCAACUUGCAAGGAGCUACCCGCGUUGUAUUGUUUGAUAUAGGCUGGAACCCGUCUGAUGCCGAACAGGCAGUCGCCCGAGCUUAUCGGUAUGGGCAAAGAGAGCCCGUGUUUGUUUAUCGAUUACAGACUUGUGACACUUUCGAAACAACACUCUACAAAAACAACAUUCAUAAGCUGGGCUUGUCCAAGCAAGUGGUCGAUAAGAAGAACACGAGCAAAAACUACACGAAAGCCGAGAUGAAGAAAUAUUUUGAGCCUCCGCCUAAAGACCGAGGAUGGGAAGUCGCCCCGGAAGAAGAAGAGUCUCUACGGAAUAAAAAUGACCCAGUCCUGAAUGAUAUUCUUACUGUGUGCCGGGAAGGAUUAAUUCGAGUUAGGGAACAUGAAGACCUUUUGCAGGAGAUAGAGGAUGAAAUGGAUGAAGCUGAACGGGCAGAAGGCGAACGUGCUUUGGAGGAGGAGCGAAUACGACGAAAGGAGGGCAGACGAGGUGGCCCUCCGCCACCACCACCACCACCAUCGUCACCACCGCAAACACAAUCUACAUCAACCAUUGCAGGACCAACGCCGCUACCUGCUCCUGGCGGGCAAGCGAUAUCCACCGACCAACCUUCUCAGGGGACAGCCACACCAUUCGUUCCUGGCAGAAGUGCCCAUGUGUCGGAAGAGACUAUUCCGAUCCCGCGCACAGCAGGAUCAACCAGUUCGACAACAGUAGAAAGCUUGACAUCUCAGCCUCAAAUUGUCGACUCAAAUCUUUCCGCUCUGGCGCGAUGGACAGAGUACAAGAAACACCAGGAGCAUCUUGCCCAAUUGACUACGUUCGCCGGAAUCCAGGAAAGGCCACCAGUAUUUGUGAGUAUGUUUUCGGCAAGGCCUAGUACGACGGCCAGUGUCCCACCUGCCCCAGCGAUGACCGCGGCUCCCCUACAUAGUCCCGGCGUUGGGACCGUCGGUACCUCGAGUACAAGCGCUCCGAUGCAAAGUCCGCAUCCAAUGCACGCCCCCGCAUCAUUUUCUCAACCAACAUAUAGAUACCCUGCGACACCUGCGGGUGCUCACUUUCCCCCACCAUCCCCUUAUGGGCAGCCACGUCCUCCAAGCUACCCUGCUGACUUUUCUCAGUGGACGUCGCCAGAUUUCUGGUUGCGACAGUUUGCGAGGCCACAGGGUUGA